AUGGUCCAAUCAACGUCAGCGUGGCACAUGUCGCAAUUCGAGGAUAGGAAUGCAACAUCGAUUGGUGCUUCCAACCCUCUGGCAAUACAAAACACUUCACGGCCAGUAUACCAAGAUGAUGCUGCAGACGAUGGCGAACAACAUGGAAGUGGGAUAAUGGAAGGCUUCGACCUGCCUACUGAGGACAGUUUGUCACAUCAAGACGAGCUCAUGUUCUUCAAUCCACAUGCAGCUAUGCAUUUAGACUUUGCCUCAGGAAACGACUGGGAGCACCCUGCACCACCAGGCUUCUGCCUUGGGCCGGCAGUUCCCACAUUACAGCCACCAGGUGACGAUUCCGUCGAUAUGGGUCUCGUUGCAUACAUGCACACGGCUGCUAGCGGCUGGAAUGCGCCGCAAGCUUACAUCAACUCGAACGGAUUGGCGCAAUCCGAUACCAUACCUUCAGGCAGCAGCCUUGGUGUUGCAGCAAAUACAAAUGCCGAAGAGAGCUUCGACCCCAGUUUUGAAACUGCUCUGCGAUGCCCACACCCAUCCUGCUCUUCCAAACUGCUUUUCACGCGACGGUGCGAUUUGUACAAGCACUAUCGUCUUCACUUUCGAAAGUAUUUUUGCAGGGCCCCUGGGUGCGUCAUGUCGCACGAAUCAGGGAACAAGGAGUCUGCGAUGAUAGGCUUUCCCACAAUCAAGGACAGAAAUCGACAUGAGAAAAGUCACAAUCCCUCCAUUCCCUGCCCAGCAUGCGGACGACUGUUUGGUCGUCACGAUAACAUGAGAGACCACUACCAACGACAGCACGUCAGAUGA